AUUUUAUAUUUAUAUAUUGGUGAGUAUAACUUUCGAAAAUGGUGAAGGAAACGGCCACUCAAAAGAAGUGACGGCUAGAGAAGGCAAGACAGAAGUAUCAGGAGAAGCGCUCGCAGGAAAUGGAACAAUGUAAGUCAGAACGACUUACUAAGCGCCAAAAAAUGAUUGAAUCUGAGGCAGAAAGCCAGCGUGCAGAGCGCUUGGCUAAACAUAAAGAGCAUAUGGCUGCUGCUUGUGCGGUUGAGACGGAAGAAGAGAGGGUUUCUCGCCAGGCGCGUGAUAGAGAGCGACACGCUGCUGCUCGUGCGGAAGAAGAAGUGAGGUCUUCUCGCCAGGCGCGUGAUUGUGAAAGGCAUGCCAACGCUCGUUUAGAUGGAGAAGCGUAUCAAGCAGAAUUGCAAAGCCGUCGCACUGCUUAUGCUCUACGCUCAGCAGGAUUUGAAUUCCGGCAGGAAAUUGCUGCCUUCUGCGACCAAACCUGCCCCAAGGGGAGUUACCCAGAGCAGAGCCUUACUCAAGCGUCUCCUGGUGGCAGCAAAGUAAAGUCUGAAGCCUUAGAAAAGGCUGAUCCUCCAUCAGCUCUCGAAAUUCCUGCUAUCUUCAUCAAAGAGGAGCCUGAGGAUGAAACUGAAGAUGUUUCCAUCAAAGAGGAGCCAGAGGAUGAAACUGGAGAAGUAUCCAUCAAAAAAGAGCCAUUCAUAUAUGGAAAUGAGGCUUGUUCAACUGCACAUCUCAGUGUGCGCUGCGCCGAGUAUGCAGAUGACAUAGCCUUCUUCUCCUCUGAUGCUGACAUUGUCCUAGCCACAGCCAGAGUACAGACGCAGCUCUCUGCUUUCUGUACCUGGUCGCAACAGUGGGGACUAUAA